GGACCCAAACGCGAGUUGUCAGUGUUCGACAUUCAGCCGCUGAUUCUAUGAGCACAUUUCCGGCGCUUGCGAAUCGAAUCGCGGGUUUCAGCACCUGGAUAGCUCCCUGCGCGCUAAACUACAUAGAAUCAUAUGGAGAUGGAGCGCCUGGCGUGAUUUGAAAGGGGAAGCCCUAUGUAAGCUGAGCAGGCGCGGUGUAUAUGCACAAUGCACCCCUCCAGUCUCAGAUGCGAUGCUUUUCUUUGGGUGUUUGGAUAGUGACAGACUCCUAAUAUAAUCUCUCUGAGCGAUGAUGCUUGUGUUACCGCUCGUUCUUGCUCGUAGUCCCCUUUAUUCGCGAAAGAAGCAGCAGAACGGAUGCUUGGCUACUCGGGUUGGAGCUUCCACGCAUCAAGACCCUUUUCAUUAUUGGCAAGGGAGACAUUAUCAUAACCACGAGGGCAAGGGACACACGAUUAAAGUUUCAACGAUGUAAAUCGAUAACGGUCCAUAGUAGCUCUUUGAACACGUGGUCAACACAACAAAUCAAAAUGAGCAUUUAUGUUUGGUAUGAGCGAAGUCGCCUCUGUCUAGCACAAACCAGAGCUCACGUUUGAGAGAAGUGAAAGAAAAGGUCUUCAGCUAUUGCUGCUUAUAACACCAUGAGCCAGCCACAUGUUCCCCCAUGUGUCCCCAGGCCCCCUCAGCAGGCCGCAGCACCUGAUCUGGAGGUGAUCUCACAGCAGGUAGAUGAUGAUGGUCAGUGCAUGGCUCCAGUGCAGCUGGUCAGCUUCACCUACAGGGACCUUCCUCUGGCUGCGUUGGAUCUCUCGCUGGCCGGAUCCCAGCUACUUUCCAAUUUGGACGAAGAGGACAACCAAGAGGGGUCUAACUGGCUGAAGCCAUGCUGUGGGCGGAGAGCGGCUCUGUGGCAGGUUUGUUUGUUGAGUGCUGGCUUCAACUGUUUCCUGGUGGCCUGUGUGAUCCUGGUGGUGCUCUUACUGACUCUGGAACUGCUCAUCGAUACAAAGCUCCUUCAGUUUAAUAAUGCAUUCCAGUUCGCCUGUAUCAUCCACUGGAUCAGCCUGGUCAUCCUGUCCGUGUUCUUUACUGAGACUGUCUUUAGGAUUGUGGUGCUCGGGAUAUGGGAUUAUAUAGAGAACAAAGUUGAGGUGUUUGACGGUGCUGUGAUUGUACUCUCUUUGGCCCCAAUGGUGGCCUCCACAGUGGCAAACGGCCCCAGCAGCCCCUGGGACGCCAUCAGCCUCAUUAUCACCCUCCGUAUCUGGAGAGUCAAGAGAAUCAUUGAUGCGUAUGUGCUGCAGGUGAAGGUGGAAAUGGAGCUGGAGAUCCAGCAGUAUGAGAAAACCAAAGCAGUAAGAGAAGAACAGCUGGAGAGACUCACACAGAUCUGUCAGGAACAAGCUUUCGAGAUCAGGCAGUUGAGGGCUCACCUGGCGCAGCAGGAUCUGGAUCUGGCCGCUGAGCAGGAAGCUGCCAUGCAGAUCCACCACGUGUGGGGGAAACAGAGCAGUAGCUUCCAAGAAAUAGACGGUCUGGGGCCCUCUGGAUCUGACAACGUGUGCCGGGCCAAUACCAGAGAGCCCAGACCUCCUCUAGAUAGUGUCAUUCAGGAUGAUAUGAAUAACUACAUCAGCCAGUAUUACAGUGAGCCAAGUAGCGACAUCGGAGUGCCCGACCCUGGUGCACGCGUCAUUACCACAGCAGCCAUCGACAUCCACCUUCCCACCAACCCCAACCAGCUGCCACCUUCACUCGUCAGUGCUGACGCACCAGGCAGUGGCCAGGAACGCACAGGCAGCUCUGUAAGCGAAGCAUCCAGCACGACCAUGUCCCGGUCCAGCUGUAGCUUCACAGCACGGCAGCAUAGUAUCAGCAGCCAUACGCUGGGCUCCACCACUGACUGCAGCUCCACCGUACGUGAAGCCUCCACCUCCGACUACAGCGGCCAACGCUGCUGCCCUCCUCCAUACUGCAGCCCUUUGGCGCUGGGGACGCAAUCGGGCGUCCACGACCCCAGUUCAGUGGUAAAAGAGCUGCUGUCUUCCCUGUCUGAGGACUCCUGCCUUACCCAUAAAGGCAGGGUGGGCCCGGUGAACCUUAAAUCAGAGGGGUCUGUGAAGGCCAACCCAGAACUAGAGCACAGGGUGAACAUAUACAACAAGAGGAACCAGGAGCGUCUGGGCGUAUUCCAGACCAAGCCACUUAUUCACCUGCAGGGGGCUGAGCCUUUGCUGGAGGAGAAGUACAGGUUAAUGGAGCCGGCGGAUACACCACUAAGCCAUAUACCAGACACAUAGAGCAUAGAGUGAAGGACAGUGACCACCAACACCAGUUGAAGCAGCCUCUCUCGGCCUCUUUCACUGAAUCGCUUACUCAUUGGCUGUGUCCGAAACUUGAAAUAUGGUGCCCACGUUAGGCUAAAGUAUAGUUCAGUUUUCUGUGUGACGUAACUUUCGUCAUCAGCACAGUCCACUCACACUGUCCACAUGCAGCCCGGUUUUUGUAGCCUUGCAUACCUGUAUGCAUUUGUGCGUGAUGUUUGUGUGUAAGUUGACUAUAAUAAAAAGUAUCACAAAGUAGUCAUAGUGUGCAUGUGGCGAACGAGUAUACUUUGAAACGUUUAAACGCUCAAUUGUGCAUGAGACGUAGCGGCAUGUGAAAAACCUAUAUAGCCACAGUUUUCCUGGCCAACCAGUGGUUGGCACCAUUAUAAUUCUGAAUGCUGCUGGACUGUUCUGGUUCCGGUCUCCAUAAGAAGCAAUGUAAAAACUACCAAAACAAGCGAUCCAGAUGGAGAACAAAAACAACUUUAAGUGAUAAUUGGAGUAAAAUGAGUUCAGGUUUAACGUGUAGUUGUUGGCUGUCAUAACUCGAAGUAGUUAAUGUUAUCAUCGUAACCAACCUCAGGCCAUUGCUUCGUCAUCUACCCCCUCAGCUGAGGCACUGUCAAAAGAUCGCCAUAGCAACUCUGUAAAGUAUCAGCACUGUGGAUCCAAAUGUUUUUUAUUUUGGCAACUUUUAAAAUUUUAAUAUGCUAAACAUCACAUUAUCCACUAAAAACAUAUGCCAAUGCGAGUGAAAACACUGGAGACCAGAAAAUGAAAACAUUGUUCCGUUAUGAAUCGUGAAACUCUUGCGUUUUCAGGAAGUAGGUGCAUACUUUAGUCUUUAGGGCGUAUCCAGAAGUAGGAAGGCAUCAAGGCACAAUUCAGUGUUCAACAUUAUGUCUACUAUAGGCUGGUUUACACUGCCUCAAUGAAGGCCAAUGGUUGUUGGGUUUUGUUGGAUCAGUGUUUUCAUCCUGUUGGUGUUUAUUGGGGCAGUGUUACAAAGACAGUUAUGUUAAAUUUUAAAUGCAACAGCCAUUUUUAGAAUGUUUAACAUGUUGGGUGUUUGUUGGGAUGCUGUGAACCAGACAUUCCUUCAUCUGGUCGAUUUUUGAAGGCAGUCUAGAUGUAUCCUUAGGAGCCUAUGAUAUCACCCCAUCCUGUUCAUGCAGUUUGGUUGGUUAAAAGAAUACAAAUGGUGUCAGACUGUGUAGUUGGCAGUUUGGACCCACAUACUCAUAAUUACUACUAUUUUCCAUUUUAUAAAAAUGUUUAAGUCAUCACAAUAUGUAUAAAUUCAAUUGGAAGUAGGGUUGCCGACUGUCCCGAAUUGGAUGGGAAGUCUCGUAUUUUGGCUGAAAUUACAACAUCCCACCUCUUGUCCCAUAUUUCAGUGGCAAAAUGCUCAAGGGGCAUCCACUUCCCUCUAAUGGACGGUGCUGUCCCUUAUUUUACCACUCAAAACAUCCCGUAUUGAAAACAUUGUGUCCUAUUCCGUUCGGACAGUGCCGUCCAGUAUAUAAAUGAUCAAAAUGCUCGUGUCCCAUAUUCGUGUGGAAAAAUUUGGCAACCCUAUAAGUAUGGGAAGAAGUUUCCAUGUCUGCUGGUCACUUGUUUGGCUACUUUUCCUUCACUAUCUAAUACAACUUACAUUAAAAAUUUACAUUUGUAAAGAAAUUCAUAUGUUGGCACAAUUUAUAUUUGUUUACGAGCCCAAUUUCAAGCCUUUACAUCAAAAGUGUCCAAGUAUAUUAAUUUAUAAAUAUCCAUUUUAAAUGGUCUUCAACUUAUGAUUCUAUUUCUACCAAGAAAUAAGCAUAGUAGGCAUUAAAUAUUUGCUUGGUUAUCUCUAAAACUCACUUCAAAUCAAUCAAAAAUAGAUCAACAGAUAUGAUGCGAUGGUGCCUUGGAAGCCUGUCUAAAACAGUUUUUUUUUCUUAGGAGUUACCUGCAUACAGAAAUGCUGCUUGUGAAGUCAUUGACUAACUGGGCAACAAGGCAGCUGCCUUCGGUUUCAGACACAGCCAUUCUGUCUCUCUCUCUCUCUUUUUCUGUGUCAGACAGGACUAUUGACACUCACUCCCCAGGUUUCAUGCUCUCAGAAAGAGGCACAGGAAGAGACUUGAGGAAAACGCCCUGAGCUUCCAGCCUCAUGCAACCUCCAAGGACUUCCUCAUAACAGAUACACAUUUCUUUCUAUCUUUCUCUCUAUCCCUCGUUCUCCAACUCUGCAAUAGCAUUUGAACUGUGUCUCUCCUGCCAAAAUUGCACAACCUUCCAAGGAGUCAGGGAGAGGAACUUCAGGAGCCAUCAUUGGAAGAUUCUUCAGGAAUUUCAGUGUGUCUGUUGGACGAUCUUAUGAAACCAGCAAAGACACCAAUACUGGAUUGUGGCUGGCAGACUUGUCAUGUGUUCUCAUUAAGGGUGGUACAGGAGGGUGUUUUUUUUUCUUUCCGAUUUGUAUGAAACUCACACACCAUGUACAGUCCUUCUCUACCCCCCACCCCCCCAAUGCUGCAGGGUUACAUUUGAUUCGUGUUCAAACGUGUCAAGCUGUGUGAUUCAGCCAAAUUUCUAACCUUUGCCUUUCUUACAUUAUGAUGCUGAUGUUUGUAUUCAAAUUCUAUGCGAGAAAAAAAAGUGCUACACUCGUAUUUUUAAAACACAGACAGCGAAUGCUAGGUGAACAUUUCAGGUAUACAGUAUUGGAAGAUUUUUUUUAUGAGAAAGUAUGGUUAGAAUGUUGUC